CGGCUCUCCGACUCGGGCUCUGAAGGCCACUGCGCAGGCUGUUCAGACAAAGGCGUAUCGGCAUUCCUGUAGCGCAUUUUCAGCGCGCAGCGAUUUACAGUCUCGCGCGCGCGCUGCAGUGCUCGGAGCAUGGAGGACUUACAAGGCACCGUCGGCUCUCCCUCUGCAGCAGCAGCGCCGAGCUGGUUCCCGGCGGAAACUGCUAUUGAAGCCGCGCCCGCACCGGUAGCCGUCGAGGCGCCGCUGCCGCCCGAAGAGCGCACCUACGAAGGCGUCUCGCGGGAGGAGGGUAUGUGGGUAGUUGACAUCAAAUUCGACGGGGAAGAGAUUAAGCGGCUCGGCACGUACGAAAAUGCUGGCGCCGCCGCGUGGGCUUACGACGCGGCCCGCGAGGAGCGAGGCCUCCCGCCCGUAAACUUCCCGCUCCCGGGCCAGGCGCCAGCUCCAACUACUGAGGCGCCGGCGCCGGCCGAGGAUGCUGAGGCGGUGCCGCCGGUCACCACUGCGGCUGAAGAUGAAAGGGAGCAGGCUCAUCAGUCGGUCGCGGUCCCGCCCGCGCCGGAACGCUCCGAGGCCGCACCACCGCCGGCACUGCCGGCACCGGCGCGAAAGCCGCACGUCGCGUCCGCUGCGUCAGCGUGGGCCGGCGUCUGCACCGAUCUACUCGCCGCCCUCGAGGACCAGAGUGGCAUCGUGGGCAUCCGCGACCGGCUCGUGAGCGACGGCUUCCGGUGCGUUAAGGUCGGCCCAAAACCGUCGGAAUAUCACAUCUCAGUACCGGCCACAUACCCGUGCUAUUACGACGUCGCCGGCAAGGACUACUCGGCGUCUCAGGACAUGCCACGGACGAAGCCCCAGCUCGUCAAGUACUUCGAAGGCUGCUUGGACCUCGCGCGAACCGGUGGUGCUUACCGCACGGAGGCCGACCGCGAGGCCGACGAGGGCGAGGACGCACGCCGCGCCGCGACGAAAAAAUUACGACCGAAGCCCCCGGUCACCACUGCGGCCGUCGAGCCUGUGGCGCCCGACGCCACCGCCGCGCGGCCCGAGACCGCCGUCGGGCAACGAGUGGGGCGCGCGCGGACGAAGCCCGAGCGGCUGACGGAUCUAGUCGACGCGGGAAAGACCUACGCGGCGCGGCCUUCGGCAUCGCGCACGCGGAACGACGCGGAGGAGGCGCCCGCGCCCGCGCCCGCGACGGAGCCCGUCGACGAGGACACGCCGGCACCGGUGUCGGUGCCCCGGUUCAAGCAUGUAUAUCCCCCCAACAAGACGCGCGUGAGCUGGACGACGUGCGUCCAUAUGGGCGGGGGCUCGGUCAGCGCCGGGAGCCACGCGACGCAGGAGGCGGCCGCGCGCGCCGUCGACGCGAUGCUCCUAGCCCACCGGAAGAAGGCGGUGAAUUUUCCCGGCGACGAGGAGGCGACGCGCGCGGCAUUCCCCGACAUUAUUGCGACGCGGCGCGCGCCGGCCUCGCGGCGCGAGAGCCGGCCGGCGGCCGCCGCGCGCCCGAAGCCGAGAGCCGCGCGCCCGUCCGCGCCGAGCAAAGCAAGAACGCCCAAAGUUUCGGCCGCCGCGCCUGCCGAGACACCAUCGCGGAAGCGCCCGCGGUCCGAAGACGACGCGGCCGCGGAGAACGAGCGCCUGCGGCGAGAGCUGGACUCCCUGCGAGCCGCGACGCAAUCGCUCGAGCAGGACCUGCGCGCCGCCGAGGCGCAGCGCGACGAGGCGCGAGGCGACGCCGACCAGCUGCGCGGGGACGUCAAACGCCUGCGCAGCGAACGCGACGAGGCACGGGGUGAUGCCAAACGCCUCCGUCGGGAACGCGACGAGGCGCGCAAGGACGCCGCUACUUCAGAGCGGGCGUUAGCGGCGCUGCGCCAGAAGCUCGAUCGGCAAAUGGCGGCCCAGCGCGAAGCGACACCUGCGCGGCCAGCGAAACGGGGCCGCCACCACUACUCGCCCGCGGAGGAGCCUGUCGACGAUCCGCAGUCGGAGAAUCGGCGGGACGCGCCAGGCGGCUCUGGCGACGCCUGGCCCGUCGUCGGGUCCCACGUCCAGCGCGGCGACGGGUUGCGAGGCGUCGUGACGAAGCUCGGAUAUAACGGUCAAACCGAGGUGACGACGAAGACCGGCUACGCAGUGACGGUUUAUUGCUGCGAUCUGACCACGACCACGCUGUCGGCCGAGGAAGCGGCGCUCUGCGACCGAAGCCGGCUGACCCCCAACGAGUGGGUCCAGGCACAACUAGACGGUGCCAUCUGCGCCACUUAUAAGGGUCGGGAGUUCGGGAACUGCUUCGCGACCAAGGACGGCCGAACGCAGCGGACGUUCACAGUAGAGUCAAACGGUGACGUGCGGUGCGCGCUCUGCGACUGGACCGCACCGUCGGGCGCGUCACGCGCGCUACAGAGUGGCCCUUUGGCGGAAUGGACGAAAUGGGUUGCCUCCAUCAAGCAGCACAGCGGUCAUUAUGCGAGCCAAAUGGCAUUUAAGACAACACGGCAACACAUCGAGCGCGUCCUAGCCAUGGCCGCGGAGCCGUCGACGCAACAACGGCCGCCCGCGCAUCCUUCUCGCCCAAGCGUCAAGCCGUCCACAGGGCCACGACCAGACCCGCGGGCGACUGCUCAGUACUCGGUUGAAUCUCUAGUCGAGGCGCGGUUCCGCGGCGGUGACGUUUUCUAUCCUGCUUUAGUCGUCGCCGUGAGAGACGGCGGUAGGACUCUAGACCUCAAGUAUACGGAUGGCGAUUCCGAGGAGAGGGUGCCCUUGGACCUCGUGCGGCCGCUCGCUGCCCGCCAGCGCUCGGCUCCGGCCGCGGCCGUCCCGGAAGCGCCGCCGGCGGCGCCCACAAGCAAGCCCGAGGCGGCGGCGCCGCGCUGGACGGCCGAAGAGGAAAAACAAUUACGGAAGCUUGUGAAUGAGUUGGGGGACCGCGAGAGCUGGUCUGCCAUCGCUGCGCGGCUCGGCUCCCAGCGGUCGGGGCCUGCCUGUGAAUGGCACUGGAAGUAUAGCAUGAUGGGAGGAACAAUAAUGGCGGCGCCGCCGGCGCCCAAGGCGGUCGAGGGCGCGAUCACAGACGAGUUUUCUGGGAUGGGUUGGAGGCAGCUGACGGAGUUGAUGCGAACCAGAGGCAUAGGCCGCGACCCCUACGACGGGCAAGACGACUUCCGGCGGAAGUUGCGGGCUCACAAGGCCGGGAACCCAGCGCCGCCGCCAUCCCCGGUCGCCCCGACGGAAGACGCCAUCGCACGGGCGCCUACGAGCUCGGUGUCCUACCCCGUCGACGCGCUGGUCGAGGCAAGGUGGCGCGGAGGCUCCAAGUUCUAUCCAGCGCUUGUCCUGGCCACUUCCGGUGCGACGGUUGAUCUAAAGUACGUUGAUGAUAGCGACGAAGAGGAUGAUGUCCCUGUGGAACUGGUGCGACCGGCGAAUCGCCGCUUGUUACAACGUUACCAACAGUGCAUAAAUCAAAUUGUCGCGGCGCUUCUCUCGAUGGCGUGGCGUUGUAGUCUAUUCCGCACCCGACUCACUGGUUGAUUUAUGCACAGGUUACCAAGAACUUACUGGCAAGCGAACACCGCCCCCAGUUAUUCUGUUGCCGCAGUCGCCGCCGCCGCCCUCGCCGUCGUCGCCGCAAUUCGCCAAGGGCUCCAAGUGUAUUGUGCCCUGGAGCGACGGGCGCAAGUAUGCUGCGACCGUCGUCUCAAGUGGGCCUACGUCUGCGCGCGUCGCGUUCGAGGACGGCGCCCUGAAGACGGUGCCGCUCGAGGAGUUAGAGCCGCUCAGCACACCCACGCCCGUCCAUCCGACGUCGCAGCAACCUAAAAGCUCGCGCACGGGCUCGCGCACGGAGCGGGUGACGGACAAUACAGCUCUAGAGGCCAAGAUGAGGGAGGACAACUGGACGAUCAGCGUGGUACCUAGGCCGCCCGGCAAGGACGGUGGCAGAGCAAAGCCCGAUAAGUACUACCACAAGCCCGGCGAAUCGAAGCAGUACCGCUCUUUAUUAGGGGUCGCUCGGGCACACUACCCCGAGUUUGUAACCGGAGACGCGAAACAGCGAUUCGCGACCGGUGGUAUUAGAUGCACGUCGGGCCGCCCAGACUGCUACUGCAAGGGUCCCCGGUCGACAGCUAUUGUCAGGUACGACUCGCAGACGGGAGCUGUCCUGGAGGAAUUCUGUUCCGUCGGGGCUGCAGCAGACAAAUUAGACAUAUGCAUUUCGAAAAUCUCAAAGAAUCUAUCGGGAAAGACGAGUACGGCAGAGGGCCACGUGUUUCGCUACAAGACACCACCGCCGCCGAAGAAAAAGAUCCCGGAAGCCCUGCCGGUAGAGGCGCCGCCACCGCCACCGCCGCCGCCGCUGCCGACGGACCCCUGCGCCAUCUGCAUGUCGACUAUUACUGAGGAUGCCUGUGUUCUUGAGUGUGGGCAUGCAUUCCACGCGGCAUGCCUCGGCGACCUAGCGGACCAUGUACGGCUCGCGGCGCCGACGCGGCGCUCGCUCGGAGUGUCGUGCCCGCUCUGUCGGAAAACUACGCGGGCGGAGGUCGGUGAGUAGGAUGUGCCUGUUUAUAAAGUACAAUACAC